CCCAGCGUUCGCUUAAAGUCCCCAGAAAAGCUGCUGGAAACCAAGAAACGCGCGUGCGCAGCCGCAAAAAGAGUCAGUCGAUCGUCGGCAGUCUCCGGGUAAAGUCAGCUCAACCGAACUCAACUCAACUGAACUGAACUGAUCGUGAUCCGUGUUCUCCAGAGUGAACUGCAUUUCAUACACAUUAUCAUUUGCAGCAACUUGUUUUCAAAGUCAUUACGUGUCGGCGGCCAGUCGCUAAAUAAAUUGUGCAUUUUUAAAGACAAUCGAGAGACAAAUUUGCAAGUGCAAGUCAGACAAUUUAUGCCAUAUUUCUGUGGGUUUUCUGGAGCUUCCUGACUUGAAGUGCAUCACCUGCAUACCAAAUCCAAGGAAAAGAUUUAAAAAAAAAGGGAAACCAAAAGCACAUGGUCACUAUGCAAAUGGAAAAGCACACAAUUCUGAUUCUACUAUUACUCGGACUGAUUUUCUGGACGGGUUCUUCGCAAGCUGCCCGUCGCCUGAGGAAGAAGCCUAAGAUCUAUAAUGCCCUCAUAACCACUGACGAUAAUCUGACCUCCAGCCGGGCCUAUCCGGUUAUCCAGCCUACUAUCCAUGAGCCGGGAUACGCCCCCUUUGGACCCUUCAAUCCCUAUGGCUUCUACAGUCCUCCAACCGUGCGGUUCGGUCAACCAAUAGUUCCUGGAUUGGCGCCCAAUGAGAGGCUUCCUUAUCCCUUGCCAUCUGCUGCCCAAUAUCCCAGUGGCUUUGCUCCUUAUGAGCCCCAACAGCCCGUGGAAACACCCGUAGAGCAACAGCCCCAGCCGGGGACGCCACCGGGUGCUGUGGAGCCCCAGGAGAUGACCAAGGAGCAGAUGCCACUGCCACUGAAUCAACAAGGUCUUCCACCCGUGUUGAUUCCCCUACCCUCCCAGUUUAGAGGUCAGCCCAUGCACCUGCCCCCGUAUCCGUACAGCCAGUAUCCAGUGAUCUACGACCAAGCGGGAUACAUUAGGCAGAACUACCUGCCGCCCUACGAUUACUACCCAACCCAGGGUUAUCCGAUUCGAGGCGCCACAGCUGCAGCACCUACAACGCCCCGCGAAGAGGAGGUUCAACAGGCAAAUCCUGCCCAGAAUGCACUUCCCAUACAGCCAUUACCGCUGGAGAACCUUGAACCAGCGCAGCCCAGUUUCGAGGACAUCCGCAACGGAUCGGAGAGCAAAAACAGUGCAGUUCCAGAUGUUCCACCUCCACCAAUACCCUCCGGACCCAAACGACCACGACCAGCGGAACCGGAAACGGAACAGCAACCGGAUAACUGAUUGCCAGCCGGAUUACACCGGCUGCCCAGAUUCCACACACGUAUUUAUUACCAUUUCGCUUAGGAUUAAUUUCGAUUCGAUUGUACAAUGUCGCUUAACCCGUAAGCUAAAGUAAGAGUUCAUUCAGAGAUAACGAAUAAAUAAUACAAAAUCGCCAA